UUGGGAAAGAUCACUACUCUUGAAGAACAGUUGUCUGCUCAUCUGUCAAAGUGUACACCUUCUUCACCGUGUACACAACGAUCUAUAGGCUGUCAGAUAUCGCCAAAAUCGAAACCUUCAGUUACUCUGUCAUCAAGUCGAAAGCAUUCAGUCACUUUAUCGCCUGACAUGAAUGAUGUCUCUUCUUCUUCUUCUUCUUCUUCAAGAA